AUGGGUUCAUCAGAGUGCUUCGUCGUUGCUGAUUUUCAUCAUUUCUCUUGUCUUCGAAUUUGGAUUAGAGGAAGUUGUUUUGGGGGUGUUGCGGACCAAUCCUUAACCUACUUCCCGUCUGAGAUCUUGGAGGGGGUUUUCACUGUUAAGCCUCCUCCCGCUGUGAUAGAUGAGGGAAUAGCUGAGUGGAGUCACGCGGUGGUUGGACAAUUCAUUGGUGUGGCUCAUAAUUUUGGCUCGAUGCAGAGAUUAGUUGAAAUUCUUUGGGGGGAGUCUUCGACAGUCAAGGUAAGUCUGGCUGGCCCUAGUCUCUAUGUUUUCUCCUUUUUUAAUGCAUCAGUUAGGGAUUGGGUGCUUGAUAACGGGCCUUGUCACAUUCAAAAUAAGCUAUUGUUGUUGAGGAAGUGGGAUCCAAACUUGCAGAAACUUAAUCUUAACCUUAGGAACAUUCCGAAUUGGGUACAAUUGUAUGAUGUACCAUUGGAACUCUUCUCUAGGAAUGGCCUAAGCUAUAUUGCGAGUGUUGUGGGUCUUCCUUUGUACAUGGACUCUAUUACAUCAUCCAAGCAGAGACUUGAAUAUGCUAAGGUUUGCUUGGAAAUAGGGGUUAAUACUGUUAUUCCUGAGGUUAUUCAUGUGGCAUUAAAGGAUGGGUCUGUUGUGAAGAUACGGGUGUAUGUGCCUUGGUUGUCUAAGGUCUGUUCUCAUUGCAAGAUUUUUGGGCAUUUUUCUAGUACAUGUACUGAGAAUCAAAAUGAUCUUUUAAAAAGCAGGAAUACUCAGAUUUGGAGGAGGAAAGUUGUUUCUGUCUCCUCUGUAAUUGAUGAAAAGGAGAAGAAUCUGGUAGAUAAUGAGGGUUUUGAUUUGAAUCAUGUUAUUUCCUCUGGUUGCCCUAAUGCAGAGAACAUUCAUGUAAUUGAUGGAGGUUCUAAGGGCUUGGGAUUGCAAGGUGGUGCUGCUGUAGAAGUGACUGUGGAAGCUUUGCAAGAGUGCUCUGAGGAUAAUCUUUAG